AUGGGCGACCCCUUCUCCAUCACGACGGGUGCAUUCGGUGCUAUUUCGUUGGGAAUAACAGUAUGUGGUGGGAUAAUAAAGUAUUGUUCCGCUCUCGAGGGAGCUGAUGAAGAAGUCAACCGCAUUGCGCAGAAGGCUGAGCGGAUGCAGAAAACGAUGGGUUUGUUGAGGAAGCUUCUGCAAGACAGCGCGCCUCUCAUAGAGCGUGACUACGCUGAUAAUUGUCAUCAGAUGGUCGGUAUUAUUCAGGCAGGCAUUGAUAACCUCCAAGCGACAGUCACCCGGUGUUGGGGUGAACCCCAAGGCGCCAGCCCAGGGCGCCAGACAAUGAGACAGACAGCCAAGAAGGCACUUUAUCCAUUUCGGCAGAAGGCACUAGGGUCAGUGAACAGUGCACUUGAUAGCCUUCAGCUAGAGCUGAGUACUGCCCUGCAUAUGGCUCAGACGCAGAUUCUCAACGCUUCAACGGCCAUAAUUUUAGCGAGGAAUCUAGACACGCAUAUGAACAUGGAGCAAAGCUUCGCGAGCCUAGAGAAGAAGCUGGACAAUCAGAAUUUGGCCUGCCCAUUGUCCGGCCAUCACCGUCAUUGCUCAACGUCAGCCACAGGCCGGACACAUGCUCCAACCUCAUGUUCUUAUCGUCGCAGCAUCGACAACACGCGCAAUGCUGCAAAGCGCUUCUCGUUGGUUUGCAUGUUUUUUGGGUUAAGUGUCUCGGCCUCAGUAUCGAUCUUCAAAGAACCGCGGGGACUGAGACUAGCUCCGCAUAUCACAUUUCGUGCGACCGUCCCGUUUGACUCUCCAGCCUUUGCGUUGGUUGACAAACUAUCACUUAUAGACUUUCGGUCAACUCCACAAAGUGUAGUAGAGCUUGUUGGUACUAUCACUACCCAGCUUCAUCAACUCUAUGAUGAAGGAAAGGCUCGACCCAGUGACAUAAAUCCAAAUGGCCGUUCAGUUCUCCACAAGCUAUGUAUGCUUAAUCGCCAUUUUGUAUGGUUUUCGGAAGCUAGAUCACAAUAUAACCAGCUUCUCAGUUAUUUCACAUGCAGUCACCUUUUGGCCGAGCGUGACAGAUGGGGUUUCACACCUUUAGACUGGCUCAUGUGGAAAAAUAUGGCUCCUUACAUGUUAGAUGUCCACGAUCAUUCUCUUGAAAUAGAUCAAGUCUGUCAGGGCAUACCCACAAAAAUGCUGCAAUGUGGUGUUGUGGGAGAAUUUGUUGCACGUUUCAUUGGCGCUCUAUCAAGAGAUAAACGCCUUGUAUACAUGAUAGAGGAGUGUCUUGAUAUCUCGGAGUUUGCUUGGGCACUACUAUCUAAAUCUCAGCCUGCUCUAGAGUCCGCACUGGAAUCAACCCCAAGUUGUAUGUAUACCAGGAUCGGCGACGGGAGUCCACUUCUGUUAGCAGCUACUUGGCCAGAGGGCCUAAGAUUCCUAUUGAGCAAGGCGAAACAUUCCAUCUCUGAUCUUCAUCACGCAUUGUCAAUCGCCAUUCAACAUAGCAACCGAGUCUCCGUCCACUUGUUAUUACAAGCCGACAUGCCACUUCCAGUUUGGGUCCUCGACAAAGAGACUAGCGUUGUGGUACAAGAUCUCCUCAUAGCUGAGGUCAUUAAGCGGCGGGCCGAGCUCCGUGAGAUUGCAGAGUCAGCGUUGACAACUAAUGAUCUGGCCCGUUUAAAACUCACGAAGGGACAACUUCCCGAUGGGAAUGCAGCUAGCCUGUGCCGGGUUUCGGGACAAAACAUCACCAGCUCCCCGUGA